AUGAAAAUGGAAGAAUUACAAGGGUAUUUAGAAAGAUGAUCUAGGCAAAGGUACUUCCUAUUACUAUAUCCACUUCUCUUUCAGGAGUAUAUUUACACACUUGUUCACGAUCAUGGUUUAAAUGGUUCUGCAAUCAGUAUGAAAAUUCCAUUUUAUAUUCAAUCUAUUCAUUCAAUAUUUCCCUUCUUAGAGGAUAAAUCAUCACAUUUAAAUUAUGUGUCAGAUAUAUUAGUACCCCCAUCCCAUCCAUCUAAAAUACUAGUUCAAAUACUUCAAUGCUGGACUCAAGAUGUUUCCUCUUUGCAUUUUUUGCGAUUCUUUCUCCAUGAAUAUAAUAAUUCGAAUAGUUUCAUUAUGUAUAAUUCUUAUGUAUAA